ACCGCCACCACCUAUCCUUCUCAUUCACCAACCCUAAUCUAAUGCCUCGAUCGAUCUCCAUCGUAUAUAACCCUAGCUCCCUCUCUCUCUCCGCUCGAUCACCACAACACAAGCCCCGCACAUCAACAACACUGCUGCUCGAUCGACCGUUCGUUCCUCCAUGCCAAUGGAGAAGCCCAAGCUGCACCGGCACGCCAGGUCCCGGAGCUUCAGCGGCGGGAAGAUCGUCUCCUUCCUCAAGAACACGGCCGCCUCCUUCUCCACCACCACCUCCUCCUCCUCGGCGCCGCCGCACGGGCGGUGGUCCUUCAACCACCGCAACGCCUUCUCGGGGCCCAUCGUGUCCAUCGUCCCGCCGGAGGCACGCGGCGGCACCCGCCGUGGGGACCACCGCUCCGGCUACCGGACGCCCGAGCCGUCGUCGCCCAAGGUGUCCUGCAUCGGCCAGAUCAAGAAGGCCAAGGCCAGCAAGGGCGCCAAGGCCGCCUUGUGCAAGAACGGCGCCUGCCCGCUCCCGCCCAGGCCGCCGGCCGACGGCUGCAGGAAGCAGAAGAGCUCGCUCGUCAGGAGGAUGCUCUUCCGCCGCAGCAGGUCGAGGUCGUCGUCGUCGUCGUCGUCGUCGAGGGACAGCAGCUUCUUCAAGGGGAGGGGCGCCGGGCGCGCCGCGGUGGCCGCCGCGCCUGCCCCGGCGCCGCCGGCUGGGCUGGGCCAGAUGAAGCGGUUCACCAGCGGCCGCGCGGCGUUCGAGGACUUCGACUGGAGGGACGCGGAGAGGAGGGCAAGUGACGACGAUGACGAUGACGUGCUCGUCGCGCACUCGGCGCCGCUCGUGCUCGGCGGCGGCCUGGUGGCGUCGGAGCCGAGGAAGGAGGUCAAUCUCUGGAGCCGGCGACCCAUGGCUCCUCCCACUCCGCUUCAGCUCCCCUAAGAUGACAUGGCACGAGCUUGCAUGAACUUGCAUGCAUUUUCAUGAUCAGCUCAUCCAUUUCUAGGCCCAAAUGCGAGCGUAUUUCAAUUUUUUUAUUUGUUCCUCGAGUAAUUUGUACAGCCAUAUACUUCACAUAAAGCUCAAAUUGAAACGCAUCAAAUAGUUGCUUUUUUUUUUCUCUCCUUACUAUCCUAGUUUUAGAUCAUACUUUUGUACAUUUGGAAAAGGAAGAUACAACGAACGAAAGAACGAAUCAAAAAAAGGUUGUUAGAUGAAAACAAGUUGCUGUUUUUUUGAUCCAUACUUAAACGGAUUUCGUGUAAGAUGAGGCUUGGAAUAUGCUUGACAACUCAGAAUUCAUAAUUGUACAUGCUGGGAUUGAGUCUGAAAAUGGAAGCUA